AUGGCCCGCCAUCCAAUCUUCUCAGCGACCCUCCAAGCCGCCCUCCUAGGCGCAACAUCCAAUAUCCUAGCCCAACUAAUUGACGCCUACAAAACCAACAAACCAUUCGAAGUAAACUGGAUCCCAGUCUUCCAAUUCCUCAUGUUCAGCAUCAUUAGCACACCCCCCAAUUUCCUAUGGCAAGAUUUUCUGGAAUCCUCCUUUCCAGCCCGCUCAAAAGGCGAGCUCAGUCUGCGCAACACACUAUGGAAAUUCGCACUAGAUCAGACCAUUGGCGCAGUUUUCAACACCCUCUUGUUCAGUGUGUACAUUCACUCUAUCCAGCUGGCUAUGCCGGAUGCCCCCCGCAUUACGAGCUUCACCAAGGCGACGGGGUAUUGGAUCUCGCCGGGGGUGAUUGACUUUGCGGCGGUGGACAUGGGCGUGGUGUGGGAGGCGGCGUUGGGGGAGUUUUGGGAUAUUGUUCUGGCGGGGAUGAAGCUUUGGCCCGCGGUGAGCCUGGUGAAUUUCACGCUGGUUAAGACUGUUGAGGGGAGGAAUUUGGUGGGCUGUGUGGCGGGACUGGGAUGGGGGAUUUAUAUGAGCAUGAUUGCGGCGAGGGAGUAG